AUGGAUCCCAAUACUCAGGGCAGGCCUGUUUUUGGUUUAGAGCUCACACACCAGAAAGAAAAAAAAAAAUUACAGAAUGCACAAUAUGAGUUGAAAAUUCUUAAAGGAGAUCAGUGUAAUCCCUCUUUAAUUUGGUCUUUUCCUCUUAAAUUCAUUUCGCAUAUGGGAAGACAUUUGCGCAGCGGACACAAGGAUAUUUUUACACAUGCUGAACACCCUUCGUCCUGGGAGAAGUCCUUGCCCCUAAUUGAGAUCCUGACGGGAGGCAAACCUUGCAAACACAGCUCUGCAAGUACAGAAAGGCGCUCUCACCACCAUCCAAGUGGCCUUUGGAAUACAGUUCUCCUUCUCUUUAGGCUCACGCGUCCAUGGAUUCCUCCACAGCAUUCGGGCGGGGGUGCUGAAGUGCAGUGA